AUGGCCAGCUCCCCCAGCUUAUUCAGCAAAAUUAGACGAGGGUUUACCCUCUUUGGCGGCAUUUACGCUCUUCUUGUCCUGCUAAUCGCCCUCCCAUUUGGUCAGAAACACGCUCUCUAUGCUCACAAGGUCAAAUGGCCCAUAAGUGCACGCUUUGACACGCCAGAACGCUAUGGUCUCGCUCCUGGAAAGGUCAUCAACACGCAAAUAACUACCUCUGACAAUCUCACACUCGGUGCUUGGUUCACCUUUUCAGACUUGUACUUUCAAGAAGCCAGCCUUUCGCGGCCAGGCAAUAUCACAAUGACAGAGGUAGACCUCGCAGCCGCCCUCAAGGACCACAUCACCAUUCUCUUCUUUCACGGAAAUGCUGCCUCUCGUGCUGCUCCCCACCGUGUUCGAUUCUACUCGCAAUGGAGCAGUCGCUUUGACGCAAACAUUUUGGCGAUUGAUUACAGAGGGUUUGCAGAUUCGCAAGGGUCGCCGAGUGAGCAUGGACUAGAACUCGAUGCGCAAGCCGCUUGGGACUGGUUGAUUGCAAAGGGAGCAAAUCCGAAUCAGAUACUCCUCUUCGGACAGAGUCUGGGAACUGGAGUCGUAGCCAAGUUGGCGUAUGCUUUGGGACAACAAGGCGUUCAUCCACUGGGAGCGGUCCUUGCUGGUGCUUUCACAGACCUUGCGACCUUGUUAGAAACCUAUAACAUCUCCGGGUGGAUUCCCCUCCUACAGCCCUUCCAACUGAUACCAUUCUUCUUCAAGGCACUCGACAGCAUUCUCAUGCACAAGUUCUCAACAAUCUCAAUCCUUCCCGAUGUGUCGUGCCCAAUCCUCUUGAUCCACGCAGAGGACGAUUUUGACAUUCAGAUCGCACAUUCAGAGCGCCUAUUCGACGCAAUCUUGGAGCCCUAUCUUGAACAGUAUCCGUUUACAAAAGAGGACCUAUCCAAAGUUCGAAUUGACGAAGCAGACAAGCGGCUCGUUAUCCAGGAAAUCUCUCAACGACGCCGACAGCAGCGCGAGACAAAAGUACGAGAACAGUAUCUGCCCAUCGGCAAACUCCUUAGCUUUGAGCGACAAGGCAAGGCGGCGUCCACUUUUUACGGAGCACUUGGGGUGGUCACAAUCAGGUCAUCAACCUUGAAGGCAUCAGCGAUCUAA